AUGGCUUUCUUUUUUGGCCAAUUCUUCGACACCUUUUCGGAUUUUGCCGCGGGAAAGACUGAUGGCUCAACCUUCAUGCACCGUUCUCUGCGCAGCCUCUAUGCGCUCCUUAGAGUCGCAGGUGCCACGGUCUUCUUCAAGGGCAUCCUUUUUAGCCUUUGGCUGGUGUUCGGCGAGAUGCAAGCCAGGAGCAUUCGUGAAUUGCUCUUCCAAUCUUUGCUCGAUCGUGAAAUAGAAUGGUACGGGGCACCCAACAUUGCGAUGCUUGUUUCUCACGAGAUCAGACAGAUCAGUCAACUGCAGCUAGGAAGUUCCCAGCCUCUUGGCUUUAUCAUUAUGUGCCUGGUUCAGGCGCUGGCUGGACUUAGCCUCGCAUUGCUCACCAACUGGAAAUUGGCCCUGAUUGUGCUCUCGGCUAUACCUGUCAUCGCUGUCGGCAGCGCGCUCAUUUCUCGACGUAUACAAGCAAAUAUCGACUGCCAGAACCAGAAACUAACCACCGCAACCAGCUUAGCCAACAACUGCGUCAAAAACAUUGUUACUGGCAGCUGGCGUGUUCUCUCUGAAGCAGGCUUUCUCUACUGCCUUACAAUCCGGAUUCGGUUCUGGUUUGGCGGUACACAGGUUCAUUCAGGUGGAACAACCGCUGGGAAAGUGGUUACUACAUUCUGGGCCUGUCUUAUAGCUACGAAAGCAUUCGAGGACUUGCUACCACAUUGCAUCAUUCUUCAACGGGCCAAAUCUUCAGCCCUAGCGUUGGAGGCAGUGGUGGCUAAAGUCACGAGGGGGCGAUCGCAACAACAAAAAGCAGGUGGAAUCUCACCGCAGUUUUGCGAAGGCAAUAUCGAAAUCCGGGCGGUUUCCUUUGCCUAUCCUUCUAGUCCCACGUCCCUUGCUCUCGACAAAUGCACAUUCUAUUUUCCGGCUGGGAAGACAACGUUCAUCGUCGGCAAGAGUGGAUCUGGGAAGAGCACACUCACCAAUAUGCUGUUGAGGUUCUAUUAUCCAAAGAGUGGAGCAAUCUUCAUCGACGACCACGCCUUAGGAGAUAUUGAUAUUAAUUGGCUGAGAAACAAUGUCACCCUUGUGCAGCAAGAUUGUGUGCUUUUCAAUGACACGAUUUUCAACAACGUUGCUCUUGGUCAACGUGAUUUCGAGCGAGUUCCGGAUGCGCGUGUCAGCGAAUGUCUGAGGAUGGCCGCAUUGGAACCCACCAUUGAGCGACUUCCGGAGGGUGUCCAUACUAUAGUUGGCACCGGCGGCUCGUCUCUCUCUGGAGGUCAAGUGCAGCGAGUUGCCAUUGCGCGUGCGUGUCUACGCAACACACCGGUAAUGAUACUAGACGAGGCAACAAGUGCUCUCGACAAUCUGAGCAAGACAACUGUCAUGGAAUCUCUUCGGGAGUGGCGACGUGGAAAAACGACCAUCAUUAUCACACACGAUAUGAGUCAGAUACAAGAAAAUGAUUUCGUGUACGUCCUUGAAAGCGGUCGAGUUAUUCACGAAGGUCGUCGUGGGAGCCUUGCUGCUGGCUUCGAAACAAGCACUACUGAUAAGGGAGUUUACGCAAAACAGCAGGUAACCGAGGAACACAACCUUUCCACGAGGUACUUGUCCUGGGGCGGUUCUACAAGCUGGUCAAAUCAGUGUAGCCCUUCUGUCCCAUCUCGGAAAGACUCUUUCGACUUCGACCCAGCAGAAGGAAGACAAGGUCGCACUUAUGAAAAUAUUCAAGACGCUGGCCAAGGAGUACAACUUGGACGUAGCCUGAAGAAAGGCCUGUCUACAAGCAGUGAGGCUGCGCUGAUGUUUCUCAAGCGUCAAUCAAUGGCUCGCGCUAAAGCUAUAUAUGGCCUUGGUCAAACACCUACGCCUGGGUAUCAAGGAGCGACUUUAUCUUCAUCAACGUAUAACAGCCCCGAACCCAUUCUCCGCAGAACCAUUUUCAUAUCACCCGUCCCCGUGUCCACACGACCGCGGGACAAACCACUGCCUAUACCACCUCUGAGGUCCGAUGCUGAAAGUGGAGGGACAAUUCCAGGCUACGGGACUGGCGCGCCCUUUGUUGAUAGAGAAAACAAACGACUACAACCAGCAGCUUCAAUCCCCACAGUUUUGCGUACAAUAUGGCCUUCACUCGAUAAUGCUCAUCGAACUAAGCUGCUUCUUGGACUUCUGGCGACGCUGAUCCACUCAGGAGCUCCCCCUGCAUUUUCUUAUGCGCUCGUGCAAAUCUUCGACACCUAUUACUUGCCAAUAGGGUACCAGAAGAAAGCCUUGAUCUACUCGAUGGUCGUUCUCGGAAUCGCCGUCACUGAUGGGUGUGCGUGUUUCUUCAUGCAAUAUCUUCUCGACUCGGUAAGCCAACUGUGGGUGGACACGCUCAGAAUUCAGGCGUUGCAGCGCAUUCUACGCCAACCUAAGGCCUGGUUCGAUGAAGACCAUAAUAGCCCUGCAGCUCUCAUGUCUUCACUCGAUAAGAGUGUAGAAGAAGUCAAGGAUCUCGUGGAAAGAUUUGCGGCCCAGCUCCUCGUCGUUGCUGUUAUGAUGACUGUGGCAAUGAUAUGGGCCAUGUUUUCCUGUUGGAAGAUCACACUGGUCAGUCUUGCAGCCUCUCCCGUGCUCUACGCUCUAGCAAAGUGGUUUGGGUUUGUCGCUUCUCUUUGGGAAUCUCGAACAAGCGCAGCCAGCGACCGUGUCAACGAAAUUUUUAUCGAAUCUUUUGCAGACAUCAAGACAGUUCGAUCGCUCACGCUGGAAUCUUACUUCCACAAGAAGUAUCGCAAUGCAACCCAACAGACCUUUUCCAUUGGUGUCCGACGAGCUUUAUUCAGUGGCUUCUUCUUCGGCCUAUCUGAAUCCGCCAUCGCUUUCUUCACACCAUUGAUCUUUUGGUAUGGAGCUCGGCUCGCCAAAGAUGGCGAAUGGCCGGUGAACUCUAUAUUCACCGUGUUUGGUCUCCUUUUGUUUUGUACCGCCAACGCUAAUGCGGUCGUUACAUACAUACCCCAGACGAGUUCAGCGACCGAUACCGCGAGUCGCCUGAUUCGACUUGCACAUAUGCAAGUGAACUCUCAUGAAGAAGUUGGGGAGGUUCGGCUCGACAAAGACGAUCCAACCACGCUCUCGGGUCCGAUCCAUUUCAUCAACCUGACAUUCUUUUACCCGACCCGUCCAGAGGCAGCGGCCCUUCGGAGACUCAAUCUCACCAUUCCAUCUGGCAAAACCACCGCGAUCGUAGGAUCCUCGGGCUCUGGAAAGUCGACUAUCACAUCUCUCCUGCUGGGCCUCUACCCCCCGACGGCUGAUCAUCUCGCCCUGUCCCCUUCCAACCCCUGGGACGGUCCAGCAUCUCUCACACUGUCCGGUCGUGACAUUCGAACACUUGACCUCUCCUGCCUCCGCUCCCUGAUCGCCACCGUCCCACAGCACCCAGUGCUCCUCCCGACCACGGUGCGCGAGAACAUUUCAUACGGCCUCCCCCCGGAAUCUCCGUGGACGUUGGCAACGCGGGUCGAAUCUGCCGCGCGCGCCGUGGGGAUCCACGAGUUCAUCCAGUCGCUCCCGCAGGGCUACGCCACCAUCGUUGGCGACGGCGGCCUCGGCGUCUCCGGCGGCCAGGCACAACGCAUCGUCAUCGCCCGCGCGCUGAUGCGCGAUCCCAAGAUCCUCAUCCUCGACGAAGCGACCAGCGCGCUGGACCGCGAAAGCGCGGACACCAUGCAAAGGACUAUCGCCCGGUUGGUUAGACAGAAGCAGGGCAAACUGACGGUUAUCAUGGUCACACACGCGAGGGAGAUGAUGGCGGUGGCGGACCUCGUCGUGGUCAUGGAGGCGGGGAGGGUGGCUGAACAGGGCGCCUUUGCCGAGUUGGUCGCGAAGCAAGGAACGUUGUGGGCGUUGUUGAAUGCUAGGGAUGAUCAAUGA